UGGAGGGGGCGUGCCCUCUCUUGGCAAAAAGGACCAUGAGUCACAUGAUCCGAUUCUAACGCCGGCUGGAGGCACGUGGAGCAGAGGAGGAAAGUUGCACGGGGUUUUUUUGCUCAGAAGUUGGCAGGGCAGUCUAAAAAUGUCUAAGCAGGAUCCUGCAGAAACAUCUUCCUUGAGCGAAAUCAGGGAGCGAAUGAAGGAGAAGAAAAAUAGUGCCUUAAAGACCACAAAGAUAAAUGCUUCAAUUGCGGCAAAAAUACGAACCAAAGCAAUAAAUAACUCCUCUAUAAUUAAAAUCACCCUAAAGCAGAACAACAAAGCCCUGGCACUGGCCCACAGUGCAGCCAAGAGAGAGGCUCGAGAGCUGACCAAGGAGAAGAUGUUGCUGCAAAAAGAAGUGAAGCUGGGGGAUUUUGAGAGGGCUUUUCUGCGUCAAAAGCUCUCAGCUGUGGUUAACCUGUUUGUUAAGAUGCAUCAGAGACAUAACAAAUAUAUGGAGGAACUUCAGCAGCUCAUGGGCAGCCAGCUACGUGCCCUAGUCAAGCUGAGCAGCCCUGCGGAGAGCGAUUCCUGUUUAUUACUGCCUGAUGAGAGGCUCAGCACAACUGAGAUGACAGACAGUCAGGCUGAUGACAAUCGUCCUAUUCGACCUGCACCAAAAGCCAUGAGGAUUCCAUUCUUUCAGGAUGAUGAUAAAGGUGAAAACGAUAAAGGUGAUCUUGCCUCCACACGCCAGUCAAUGCUUUCCUUGCAGCUGCCUGUGUUGGCUGCGGGAGAACCCUUAAAGAGGGCGGCCAGCCCUGCUGUGGAGAAGCCAUCUUCCUCUUAUCUCACUGAGGAGCCAUUGGCAAGCUGUGAAAGGAAUGGUCACCCUUCUGGUGAAAUGGAUGGCGCUGCCUUGGCACUUGACUUAAAUGUCACGUUGGGAGGGAAUCUCUCAAGUAUACCAAAAAGUUCCAGGAGUUGCUCACUCUCCAUGCUGAAUAAGAACGACAAACUUGGGCAAUGCAGUGAGACCACAAAAUCACACAGUGACUUGAUGGUGGUCCCACUUGGGCACGUGACGCAGAGAAGGAAGCGUACAACAGACUUCUCUGAUUCGUUCAGAGAAUGUUCUCUGAUGGAGCUGUCUGAUAACAGGCCACUCGCUGGCUCUGCCCCGCCGAAAGAAAUGGAGCGAGCUGAAAUGAGUCAGGUGGGCGAGCUUGUAACACCGAAAGCCAGGAACAGAAGCUACAAGAUCAAAGCCGGUGAAGCCAAAGUGCUGAAAAAAAUGAGCAUGGAAAUGAAAGGCAGAGGCUCUUCUAUCAGCAAGUCAAGAGUGGACUUGGAUGACUGCAAUGAAGGAGCAGCUCCUAACACAACACAACCUAAAGCACUGGGCCGUAAAACAAUGAUUGUUUCAGAGUCCACUGAAGGCUCUGCUCAGGUGGAUAAUCCGGAGAAAAUCCAGCCACUAAAUACUCAUGGCCAGAACGUAGGCCAUAAUUCCCAAUGUUUUGAUAAAACAGUCUGUGUAGCUUCUCCAUACCAUGUGGAGGAUUUGCCCUUUGCUGAGAACAGCAACAAUAUUGGGAAUGCCUCCCAGCGUUCUGAUAAAGCGGAUGCCUGUGAAAAGAUCUCUGUGGUAGAUCUGGCUCCUUGGGAGGGUAAGAAUGGUGUUUGGGAGCCUAAAAAUAAAGCACAAGUAGUGGAAUUUGAUCCAUCAAGUUGGCGCCAAACUCCAGACUCGAUCUCUUCGUUAAAGAACACGCCGCCUGCCUUCCCAGCUCUGUUAGAUGAUGCUUUUUCCGAUAGUGAAUGUAGAAAAUGGUUUAAAACAGUCCCAAAAGUUCAGAGGUUCUCAGAUAUUCAGAACACGAUUUUAUUGAAAACAAAGAGUAGCUCCUUGGAGAAGACAUCCUGGAAGGCGAUGAAUCAAGUGACUGAUUUAAAAAGGAAAAGCUCAAAGCCCAAGGCAGACAGGAAAGCAUAUAGUGAAAAUAAUGUGAUAGACCGCUCUUUGGAUUCACACCAUGUGGCUCAAGCUGCUACAGGGCAGAAAACCCCAGCAAGAUCUUGUGCUUUGCUGAAAACGUCUGCAGUUAACAACAACAACGCUAACCAAGUGUCUUCAGGCAGACAGAAGACCAUGCAAGAAACUCACAAAGAAUCCUCUCCCAAGGCAGCUCCUCACCUAAAUGAAAACACGAUACUGAAAGACUUGACCAAUUCUGCUCAGACUCUGUGCCAUUCUACCCUUCUGGAAGAGCCUGGAACCCGACGAGGUGGAAGAGCAAAAAAGUCAGUUAACUAUCAGGAACCCAAGCUCAACAGAAAACUACGGCGGGGAGAUCCAAUUGCAAAUUCUGACAUCUUCAAUUGCCCCGUCUAUAAAACCAGAAAGAAGAAAAAGACUGACUCUGAAGCCAUUUCAAAGGAAUCAAGCUCAGAUCCAGUUCCAUGAUCACUUAGGAAAGAAUGGUGGUAGUAGUGAUUUGUGUAUGUGUGUAACUUGUGGAUUACCAUUUUCAUUAUAAUGGGAAGGGGGAAUAUACUUAAUAAAAGCAUAUCAGUCUUUUUAAAAAAAUCUGUAAUUUUUAAAAAGUUUGUUUAAGGUAGGAAAAAAGGAGUUGAACUGUGUUUACCAUGUUGGUUGUGGUGGGUUUUCCGGGCUGUGUGGCCGUGGUCUGGUAGAUCUUGUUCCUAACGUUUCGCCUGCAUCUGUGGCUGGCAUCUUCAGAGGUGUAUCACAGAGGGAAGUCUGUUACACAGAGUGUCCAGUGAAAGCCUUCUACAAUACAUUGUGUUUACCAUGCUUGCUAUUUUGAAAGAGAUUAACAGUGAAAAAAUUGUUUUUGCUUUUCAUAAAGAGGCAUUUCCAGCUACCAUUCAGGUCUCAAUUAUUAUCUAUUAUUACCAUACUUGGCAGCAGUCGAUUUUAUUAUAAGCAGAACAUAGAGAUAUAGAAGGCAGAGCCAAGAACAAUUUAAGCCCCAGUGAACUGAUGGAUAUGGGAAAGCUGAUGUAGUGGCAGGCUCUAGUCUUCCAGGUAGUGUGUGAUCCUGCGGCAGCGGAGCUGUGUGACAGUGUGUCACCCCCUCCACCAGGAUAAGUGCCUCGGGGAGGGCAAAUGCACUGGUGCAAGGGCACGCUGAUCCCUCAAGCCUUUUUGGCCCACCCCUUUUGGAUGGGGCUCUUAGCCCCCUUUCCAGCAGCUUGGUUUUUAGGGUUUCACAAGACUAUUUUUCAGCUAUCCGUUAAAAUAGGUUGCUGUGUUGAAAGUUACUGCUGAAUGGGUCGAGGGAUGGCUGGUUUCCUAUCCCAACUACGUGAUCUAUGCGGGCCAGUCAUAACCUCCAAAAUUAACCUCACUUACAGUGCUGUUAGAAGAAAAAUGGAAGUAGAGAAGACUGCAGAUGUUAAUUUAAGCACCUAAGAAGGGCAGGACAUAACUUGUAAAUUAAAUUAUAUAGAAUGAGCCCCAGGAUCUUCAGUCACAGUCCUAAAGGGGAAGCGAAAGAUUUUGGGGAAACCAUGGUUUUAUUUCCUUAUGUCUGAAAAUUACAAGGGCCAAGAAUUGCUGAUAUCCAUGGUGGGGCAAAGAAGGUACAAUGUGGACAAUCUGUUGUCAGUAUAUUCAGCUUAGAGGGAUUACAAAAAUAUCACGGGGUUAAGGUUACAUUAAACGUUUCGUGCAAAAUAAACUCAAAAAUGUUUUUUUA